GACCAGGCCUAGACUUAGAAAGCAAGGGUGCUUUUGUUAAAGCAGAGGAAGAGGGAGCUAGAGAUCGUUAUUAUUAUUAUUAUUAUUAUUAUUAUUAUCGUUACUAUGAAGACUGCACACAGGAGGGGGAGCGAGAAUUGAACAUAUCUGUCUCUAGCAGGGUUUUCACUAAAUGCUCCAGUCCCUACAUUGAGGAAGAGCCAAGCUUUGGGAUUGGGUAGCGACCAGAUAGCGUAACACCCCCUCCUCCUCUGUGUAGAGAAUUGCGUUAAAACGAAAAGGAAAGGCCUGCGCUUUAUCAAUAGUACAGGAUUAUUUUUUUUAUUUUUCUCAUUUUUUCCCCUAUAGAUUAAACGAGGAAACGUUGCUGGCUGGUGUAUGUGUUUAGAAUGGGACACGCUGAAGGUCCAGUCAAAGAAAAAGACAGUUAAGGAUGCAGGAGCCCAACAAUGGAUUUCUCCUUCUCUUUCAUGCAAGGGAUCAUGGGAAAUACAAUUCAGCAACCCCCUCAGCUCAUUGACUCAGCCAACAUCAGACAGGAAGGCACCUGCGACACCGGUAGUGACCCGGGCGAGGAUGGUGGACCCUCCUACGAUGCUGCCCUGGAUGCAGAGUUCUCUUACCCGCCGUCAGCCUCGGAGGACAUGCAGCAGGUCUCCAAUGGCUUCCCGCCUGGUCUGGGCAUGUAUGAGCCGCAGGCCAAGUUUUCCAUGUACUCGCAGUUCCCUAACGGCUCGGCUAACGGCUAUGGGGCCAUACGGAGCUACGGCGAGCACGGUCUCAUGCCAGGGGAAGGGACGGUCCUGAGAGGCCCAGGCCUCCAGGAGCGACCUUUGUCUCCUGUUUCUCCUCCGCUGCCCACACAUCACCCGCACCUCCACCACCAUCAUCAUCACCCCCAUCACCACCACCACGCGCACCAUUUCCACUCAAACCCACCUCAUAUACAAACCCACUCGCACCCACAGAGUCCAACCCCACCGCCACUGCCUUCCCAGCACCAUCUGUCCCAGACGCCACACAUCAUGACCCACACACUCCCCCCUCCUCCUCCAUUACACCUGCCUUCCUCCAGUCCUCCCCCCUCACUUGUGGACAGUACUCCCUCUUCUCAGCCCUCUCACGCCCCGUCCAUCACCCCUGGUGGGGUGCUGAAGAAAACCAGCUCUCCGGAGAUCAAGCUGAAGAUCAUAAAGACGUAUCAGAAUGGAAAAGAGCUGUUUGAAUCUGCGCUGUGUGGAGACCUACUGCAGGAGCUGCAGAAGGAGUCUCAGAAGAACGAGGCCGCUCAGAUGCAGCGCAGACAUGAGAGGAAGAAGGAGAAGAGGAAAAAGAGUGCGAGGCUGCAGCAGCAGGUCCAGGAACAGAGCCUGGACCAGAGCCAAACACAGGCAGGUACAACGGGCCAGACAGAGGACACCCACGUCCAGCCCCAGCCAACAGAAGCACCCCCGGCCCAGACAGAGAAGCCUCAGAAGACGGUUAUCAAAGCUGAACCAAAGACACCAAAGGUUCCGAAGGUCCAUCAUCCAUCAGUGAUCCAAGAGACGGGCUUCUGUAAGGAGUUUGUGAUAGGAGACCUGGUGUGGUCCAAGGUGGGCACCUACCCCUGGUGGCCCUGCAUGGUCUCCUCUGACCCGCAGAUGAAGGUCCACACUCGUAUCAACACCAGAGGUCACAGGGAGUAUCACGUCCAGUUCUUUGGCAGCGUUGCUGAGCGAGCAUGGAUCCAUGAGAAGAGGAUUGUCAUGUACCAAGGGAAGAAACAGUUCGAUGACCUUCAGUCCGAGACUCUGCGCAAGACCACAAACCCUGUAGAGAGACAUAAACUUCUGAAGCCUAUCCCUCAGCGGGAGCGCUCUCAGUGGGAGGUAGGUGUAGGCCACGCAGAGGAUGCCUUCCUGAUGACGCGGCAGGAGCGAAUUGACAACUACACUUUCAUCUACGUUGACCCCGACCCAAAUGAAGCCCCGCCGAACAAGAAACCCAACAUCAGAGCUGAGAGACGAAACCGGCGCUCCAGCGGCUCAAUCAGUAAGAAGGAAGAUGGAGGAGUGAAGUCACCAGAGAGAGAGCUGCCACCGCGAAGGCAGCUGCCACGCAGACAGUGUAGUGUUUCAAACACAGAAGACAACACAAACUCCCAGGCCUCAAGUGAAGAGAAGAACCAGAGGGGGGACCAGCGUAAGGCCAGCUCCCCAAAACAGAAUGCUGGUUGUGACGCACGAGCACGGCAGGACUCACCGCCGCCAGUCAGGGCCUGGAAAACAGCAGCUGCGAGAAAGCUGCUGCCUCUCUCCAUCACCAUGAAGAGGCUGAAUGUGGAGAUCACAAAGUGUGACUGGCCUCUGCUGCAGAAAAAAGCAAUUCCAUCUCCGAAAAAAGAAAAAGAAGAAGAAGAAAAGGAGGAGAGGGUGGAGAGAGAAGCCAGGCAGCCUGACCUUGGAUACUGCUCUCCUGAGCAGGACAGCAGAGCUAAACCUGAGCCUAGUCCAGAGGAGGAGGAAGAUGGGGACGAAGGAGAGGAAGAGGGGGAGGACAGGGAUGAGAGAAGAGGCUCCCCUGCCAGUCGGAGGAGCGAGGAGGGAGGAAUGCAGCCGACCUCCUCCCCUGGAUCGCACCACAGUAGUCCACAGGGUUCUCAAGAGAGAAAGCUGCAGCGAAGAUCAGUCCGGAGCAGGUCUGAGUCAGAGAGAGGCAGCGAUCCCGUCCCUAAGAAGAAAACCAAAAAGGAACAGGCGGAGAUGGCUCCUGAAACCACAAUGAGGACAGGCUCACAGAAAGGUGCCAGUGAGAUCUCGGAUGCCUGCAAGCCUCUGAAGAAGCGAAGCAGAGCGUCAACAGAUGUGGAAAUGGCUUCAUCUCAGUACAGAGACACGUCUGAUUCUGACUCCAGAGGUCUCAACGAUCCACAGGGUUUAUUCGGGAAGAGUCUUGAUAGUCCGGCAGCAGCAGAUGCAGACGCUUCAGAUACUCAGUCUGUGGACUCUGGCUUGUCCCGACAGGACAGCAGCACUGGCAAGAGAGACACGGUCUGCCAGAUCUGUGAGGUGUAUGGAGAGGGUUUGGUUGUGUGUGAAGGUGACUGCAACAGACAGUUUCACUUGGAGUGUCUUGGUCUGACAUCCCUACCUGAAGGCAGAUUCACCUGUUUGGAAUGUAGAAAUGGCAAUCAUCCAUGUUUCAGCUGUAAAACGGUGGGCCAGGAGGUGACACGCUGCUCUGUGUUGGGAUGUGGUUGUUACUACCACGAGGAUUGUGUCCGCAAACUCCCGGGCACCACUAUCAGUUCGGACGGAGGCUUCUGCUGCCCUCAUCACAGCUGCGCUACCUGCUGCCUGGAGAGAGACCUGCAACGAGCCAGUAAAGGUCGUCUGAUGCGUUGUAUCCGCUGCCCGUUGGCCUAUCACACAGGAGACAGCUGCGUGGCGGCGGGUAGUGUCGCCCUCACCCAUCACAUCAUGAUCUGCAGCAGCCAUGGCAGUGCCAAGAGGAACGGCCUCCUCACCUCCCCUGUCAAUGUGGGCUGGUGCUUCCUGUGUGCCAGAGGGCUGUUAGUGCAAGACCUUACUGACACCAUAUUAAGUUCAUAUGCCUAUAAGUCCCACUACCUUCUGACUGAGUCAAAUCGUGCUGAGUUGAAAUUACCUAUGAUUCCCUCUCCUUCGUCAGCUACCAAAAAGAAUGUUGGGAAAGGAGGCAAGUUGCUGUGCUGCGACUCAUGCCCAGCUUCCUUCCACCCGGAGUGUUUGGAGAUGGAGAUGCCGGAGGGCGCGUGGUCCUGCAGUGAUUGCAGGGCAGGGAAGAAACCUCACUACAAACAGAUUGUCUGGGUCAAACUGGGCAACUACAGGUGGUGGCCAGCGGAGAUCUGCAACCCUCGCUUGGUGCCAUCAAACAUCCAGAGCCUUCGCCACGACAUCGGUGACUUCCCUGUGUUUUUCUUUGGCUCCCACGACUACUACUGGAUCAACCAGGGCCGCGUCUUCCCCUACGUAGAGAAUGACAAGAACUUUGUCACGGGUCAGAUCAACAUCAACAAAACCUUCAAGAAAGCUCUGGAAGAAGCAGCCCGGCGGUUUCAGGAGCUCAAGGCACAGAGGGAAAGCAGGGAGGCUCUAGAACAAGAACGCAACUCUCGCAAACCUCCACCGUACAAAUUCAUCAAGUCCAACAAACCAGUGGGGAAAGUGCAGGUACAUGUAGCUGACUUGUCAGAAAUCCCACGAUGCAACUGCAGACCAACAGAUGAGCACCCAUGCAGCCUUGACUCCCAGUGUCUCAACCGCAUGCUGCAGUACGAGUGUCAUCCACAGGUGUGUCCUGCAGGAGACAACUGUGAGAACCAGUGUUUCUCCAAGCGGCUGUACGCAGAGACAGAGGUGAUAAAGACAGACGGCCGUGGCUGGGGCCUCAGGACCAACCAGGCUCUCAGGAAGGGUGACCUUGUGACAGAAUACGUGGGAGAGGUGAUAGACUCAGAGGAGUGCCAGCAACGUAUCAAACGCGCCCAUGAAAAUCAUGUGACCAACUUCUACAUGCUCACCCUCACCAAGGAUCGCGUGAUAGACGCCGGCCCAAAAGGAAACUCAUCUCGGUUUAUGAACCACAGCUGCAGCCCAAACUGUGAAACCCAGAAGUGGACGGUAAACGGAGACGUUCGCAUCGGUCUCUUUGCCCUCUGUGACAUCGAGUCUGGCACAGAGCUGACGUUCAACUACAACCUGCACUGUGUGGGCAACAGGAGAACGUCCUGUCACUGCGGAUCAGACAACUGCUCUGGAUUCCUCGGGGUGCAGCCAAUGAGUGCCGUGGUGAUGGAGAAAGAGGAGAAGGCCAGGAACGCCAAGCUAAAGCCGAAGAAGCGGAAGCUGCGGCCGGAGGGCAAACACACACACGAGUACUUCUGUUUUUGCUGUGGAGAAGGAGGAGAGCUGGUGAUGUGUGACAGGAAGGACUGUCCGAAAGCGUACCACCUGCUGUGUCUCAACCUCACUAAGCCGCCAUAUGGACGUUGGGAAUGUCCGUGGCAUGACUGCAGCGUCUGCGGCGCCCCAGCUUCGUCGCUCUGUGAUUUCUGCCCUCGCUCGUUCUGCGGGGACCACGAGGCGGGGGCACUCAACGCCUCCUCCCUGGAAGGCCGCCCCUGUUGCUCCAGUCACAAUCCCAUCAGUCCCCUGGGCUCCACCUCCAGCUCAACUCAGCCGCGGCGGUCCACUCUGAGCCCCGUCAGGGUCAAAGAGGAGCCGGAGCCGGAACCGGGCCAGCAGGCCGCAGAGUGACGCCUCAGCUCCCUCAAUACCUCAUUCCCUGUAAAGUGCGCUCCCGUCGGCCUCCUGGGCUCCCAUCAACUUCUGACCUGAAGCAGUGCACUACAAAAGGGAAUACAGCGCUUUUUGACCAGUGCAAUGGCUGCUACUCAGAGCCGAGACACACCGAUGAACACCGCAGAGCGACUGGAGUGUCGGCACGGGAAGUGACCGGGCAUCAUUGUGCGCCAUUUUCCCUUCUCUAUUGCCAUAAAACACCAUCACUAACGGUCUCUACAGCUCGCCUGCGCCCAUCGGAGGGGCCCAGACCACCUCAUUAUGUUCCUUUUUUUGUUUGUUUUUUUUUUUUUGUUUGUUUUUUUUUUUACAGCUGUGGAAAUUUUAAGUGUUGUCACGUCGUCAGUUACCGGCACUUUGAAGAACUCACAGGGUGACGUGGAGGGAGAGGUAGUGCAGUGAAAGAGGAGGAGGAGAUGUAAAGCUCAACCUCUCCACCACCACGCUGCUCCUCUCCUUGUUUACCUGCUGUAAGCUGUGAUCAGCAUCUCAAACACAGGAUGGCUUCACGGAAACAAGCCAGCCUUCCUCCAUCACUCCUGACGUGACCUGUCAUCGUAUUUAUCUCUUCUUCCUCUCGGAGAAAAGGAGGGCGGAGAAUGACCGAUUUUUGUGCAAUUUUUUCAGGAUCACACUACAUUCCAACCUUCCUUAAACAUGGUUUUAAUAUACUUAUGGGUAUAGAUGAAUAUAAUUAUAUACAGUAUCUAUGUUUGUUAAUGUUUACAGACAGAUUCUCUCACUUCAUCUCGGUGAGUGGUGUAUUAUGUUUGUUUGUUUAGGUGUUAAGCAUUACGCAGACCUCCUUGUGAAAAUAGUCCUAUUAAGGUGAAAUAUAAUGGUAUAUAGUGUAAUGGUAUGACAUUACAGAAGUACUUGUGAUUUUCAUAUUGCCAGUCUCACUUGCCAUUGUGUACAUAAUUGGCUCAUAAUAUUGUAAAGUACUUAAAGAUCAGGAGGGACGGAGCCUCGCCUCUCUGGUUGUUCCUGGAAGAAGGAAACGCUUUUUUAAACAACAAGACAGAUCCUUUUUAUUUUCUUUUUCGAUAAAAGUUCUGUUUUCACAUUUCCUCCGAACAGUUACUGUAAUUUGUAUUGUAGAUGGAGGAGCCCAGCUUGUGAUCACUGGUGCUGUCUUAAAGUAUUGUUAACCAGCCUUAAGUUUGACUCUGGCUGUAGGAACUACUGCCCAGAUGCAGUCUAUUUCAGUAACGUUGUGUACUGUGACCGCUUCAAAGCUUGUUUUUCUUUUUGUUCCUUUCUUUUUUUCUUUUUCUUCUUCUUCCGUUUGUUGUUUUGCCAAACUUUUCUGAAAAGCACUUUCACGCGGCUUGUCGCUACACAAUUUAGCUAGGUCAUACAUAUACAGAAAUGUAUAUCAAAAGAACAUAUGACAAGUGUUUCAAAAUGGAUACCUCUUCUUCUUGUAGUAACGUCGGGAUUUAAACUGUGUUGUAACUUUUUUUCCUCUUGGUCAGAAACGUGGUGAGUGCUCUGCGUGGUUUUUUUGAGGAAAGUGGCCUAAAAGCUGUUAGUUUUUUUGUGUUUUUUUCUUUGUUUGUUUUUUGCCACAAGUAGAAAUGACUGCCAGCCUGGCUUCGUACAAAAAAGUCCUCAGUGUCCUCGAGGGGCACUUCUUCAUUUUCCACCUGGAGAACAUCCUCAAGGCUGGGCUUUAUAUAAAGACAUAAUGGUAUAACAACAGUCCAGUCUGGUAUAAUGUACAAAUACAAACUUCUGUACAGUGUUUUUAAUCACUCAUCUGUCAAAUCCAAUUUUUUUGUAUUUAUUGCACCACAUUUUAUACCAAUUUCUUUUUCAAACACCAGUACAGUAAUUUGUCUCCCUCUCCACCACGUUGUAAGUGAAAUAGACUAUUUAAAAAACAUGGGGAGUUUUACAUAUUCUAUCUGUAUCUAGUCAUUGCAUAGGUUUUUUACAUUUGGUGUAAUGAUUCCACAUUUGGUAACAGCCGCUGCUCAUCGACCUGUAUCGUGACUCACUGUAGUUGGUGUUAAAAGCAGUGUGAAGCAGUUCAAUAUUGGAAUGUAAAGUUUCAGUUUCAAAGCGGUUUUUGUUGCUGUUGUAGCCUGGACUCAAGUGAUCAUCACAGGAGGAAGCUUUUUCUGUAUUCAUGCCUCAGCAUUUUGCUCGUGAU